AUGUAGUUCUUGUAGAGGAAGUCGUGGAUAAAUCCACUUUGAAUGGUGGUCUUACUGCUACACUCUUCCAAUCGCCGUCGUUGAUAGUUUCGUCGUCGACAUGUUUACCGGCUUCAACGAACUCAUCGGCUUAAACUUCGCCCUUCAAAAACCCUCACCAUCUACCGGAGCUAUUUGGUACGCCGCCGGUCCUGUAGUUGUACUCAUGUUCGCCUCUCUUGUCUACUCAAUUUCAUCCAAAAACAGGAAGGAAUUGAACAUCGGAAAGUUAAAGUAUGAUGAUGUUUCAGCGGAGAUUGCAGACGCGGCUAGAGGCUCGUUUCAGAGAUCUGAUGACGACGAAGUUUCGUGGAAAUCUGCAAGCGAUGUACUUUUCCAAGAAGACAACGAUGACAUCAUCCCAGAACCUGAUUCCAAAUUCGCAGAAGAAUUACAAAUCCAAGAAGCUUUAUUAGCAUCAACCUCAUCCCACAAAACAAGAUCAACCUUAAGUUCAUUAUUGAAGAACACAGAAUUCAAAGAAAUCAUCUGCAAAAUCUGCUUAGAGAAUCAAGAAUCAUGGCAAAUGUUCACAAACUCAACAUGCUCUCAUUCCUUCUGUUACACCUGCACCAGAAAACACGCAACAACAAAGAUCCACGAAUCCAAGAACACAAUCACAUGCCCAGAACUAAACUGCAAAUCCACAUUAGAUCCCAACACCUUGAGACAAAUCAUCCCAAAAGAAACCCUAAUCAAAUGGGAUGAACACCUCUGUGAAUCCAUGAUUCUUGAAUCCCAAAAACUAUACUGCCCUUUUGCUGACUGUUCUGUUUUGCUGAUAAACGAUGACAUCAGCAUUACAAAUAUCGAUUGUCCGGUUUGCAGGCGCGCGUUUUGUGCAGUGUGUAGGGUUCCAUGGCAUUCUGAGUUUAGUUGUAAGGAGUUUGGGAAACUUAAGAGUAAAAGGAAAGGGAAAAGAGAUGAUGACAUGGCAAUUGCACUUGCUAAAAAGAAGAAAUGGAAAAAGUGUCCAAUGUGUAGGUUUUUUGUGGAGAAAAGUGAAGGGUGUUUGCAUAUAACAUGUAGAUGUGAGUAUGAGUUUUGUUAUAAUUGUGGGGGAAAGUGGAGUUCGAGUCAUGGUGGAUGCAAAUCAAGAUCUUGAUUAUGAAGGAAGAUAGAAGUUAGUGUGGAUAUGGUAUGUAAAUAUUAUCUCCAUUCAUAUAUAAUAUAUAAUAUAUAUAUAUAUAUAUAUAUAUAUAUAUAUAUAUAUAUAUAUAUAUAUAUAUAUCUAGUUUUGAUAGUUUGUAAAUUGUAAAUAAAGAUAUUAGGGCAAAUUUUAGAAAACCCCUUACAUUUUUGUCUUUUAUUUAAAAAUCCGUUACACUGAUAAUUUGGAUUUUUUCCAUUUAAGUCAUUAUUUACCUACUAAAAUCGGUUAGGGUUGUGUCCAUGUAAGUAUUUGUAACCUGUGUUAACCGAUUUUAGUAGGUAAAAAAUGGCUUAAAAAACGAAAAAAAAAAAAAAAAAAAACGUUUUUAUGCGUAAGAAAAUUUUGUAAUGGAUUUAUAGGUAAAAGGUUGAAAAUGUAAGGGGGGUUUUCUACAUCUUUCCAUGAUAUUAAUUAAAUUAAUAUUUAGAUUGUGUUUGUUACAUAAGACAUGAUUGUAUUUGAUUCGACUCUAAUGAUGUAUUAGGUUUAGGUUGUGUUUGUUACAUGUGACAUGAUUGGAUUGGGCUGACACUAAUUUGUCAUGCUUGGUUUAGACUGUGUUUGUUAACGAUGACUAGGUUGGAUUUGACGGUUUUAUCAUGUCCAUUUUGAAUUUUAUUUGUUAUAUGAGACGAGACUGGAUUGAAUUGUAUUAAGUACUUAAUGACAAAUGCUUAUUGGCAUAUAAUAUAUAUAGCUAUGAAGAACCUAGGUUAUACUUUAUGUGA